AUGCAUAGAUUUGAGGUAUUUUACGCGUUUUAUUCUUAAAAUUUAAAGUUUAAGCAAAAGUUAAGCAUUCAGGUCAGUAAAACUGGUGACGGCACAUCUCUUCUAGAUGUAGACAACCAGGAAAACUUUCGAAAAUUGAAGAGUGGCAGUGAACCUCCACAACCGCUCAAAAAUCAGGAUGCGGACCCUUUGGUAGUUAGAAAAAUGAGCGCAACUGGAAGAUUUAUGGUAUCCGACAGAAUAAUGUUUAAAAAAGGUAGAGCAUGCCAAAUUAAAGGUCACGUCAGACACGAUUCCAAGUCAACUAGACAACGAAAUGCGAGACGAACUGGAGCCCCAUGUUGAGAACGUUGAGAAAUCUCCUGCAAGUCGAGCGAAGGGAGUUCAUUUUUCUGUUGGUGACAAGGAUUCCGGGAGCUUGUCAGACGAAACAGAUGAAAAGAAACGAGAAAUGUCUCAUGAAAAUCAGACUACAUUCAACAUGAAAAGUUGGAGGUAUUAGAACACUUUUCUACAUCAGUUAAUCGCAUUUUCGUUCAGAAAUAUGAAAACUAUCGAGCAUCCACCGAUAAUUGACUUUUAUCGUAACUCUGUAGAUACAGAAGGCAUAUUCAUACGUCCGUCAAUGGCCCAACUGAUCCAUGGAAAGCAAGUUAUCCAAGAAGAGAUAGGGUUUGAAGAACUGAACGUAUGAACAAUCACUUUUAAGCUCAAAGCUGAGCUCAAAAGUUUCAGGCUCACAACCAUCAUUUGAACAACUCCCCAAUUCACGAUGAGCAGAAAGGGUAUCGCGUGGAGAAGAUAAAUCCUCCACAAGCUCAAAAUCGUGUGAAAUUCGGAUGGAUUCAAGGUGUUUUUAUUCGAUGCCUGCUGAACAUUUUUGGUGUAAUGCUGUACUCUCGUGUCAGUUGGGUUGCCGGUCAGGCAGGAGUUGGUCUUGGAUCGUGCAUUGUUUUGCUGGCUGCUCUCGUCACAACGAUCACAGCUCUUUCCACGUGUGCAAUUUGUACGAACGGAGAUGUGAAAGGAGGAGGGGCUUAUUUCCUGGUAAGAUUCAAGCUUCUAUAAAAGCUUUUCGACUUGAAUUUAUCAGAUUUCGCGAUCGCUGGGCCCUGAGUUCGGUGGUUCGAUCGGAAUUAUAUUCUCUAUCGCAAACGCAGUUGGCGCUGCCAUGUACGUAGUGGGAUUCGCCGAGUCCUUCCGGGAUGUUCUCAAAGAUUUAGAAGUGACCUGGCUUAUUGGUGAUUUGUGGGAUGUCAGAAUUAUUGGAUUCAGUGAGUUUUUCUAUCUCGAAUUCGUUUGAAGGGAUUAUGCUCAGUUACGUGCAUCAUCUUGAUGGGGAUCGUAUUUAUCGGGACGGAGUUCGAAUCGAAAAUGCAAUUGGGGCUUCUGAUCAUUCUUCUCGCAUCAAUUCUGAAUUAUGCACUUGGCAGUUUCUGGCCUAUCAGCCUUGAAAAGAUGAAUCACGGAGCCACUGGAUAUAGUCUGCAAACUUUGAAAUCCAACUUCCUGCCGCAGUUCACAAACGAGAACACAUUCUUCUCAGUGUUCUCGAUUUAUUUCCCUGCUGCUACCGGAAUCAUGGCUGGAGCUAAUAUAAGUGGAGAUUUGGCCGAUCCACAACGAGCCAUUCCUCUUGGAACGUUGCUAGCUAUUCUGCUCACUACACUUGUCUAUUUGGCAACAGUGUGGAUGACAGGAGCUACGUAUGUCCGAUUCUCCAACGGAACAGAGCCAGCUGUAUUCAAUAACACUUACUUCUUCCCACCGGAUUGUACUCCUGAUUGUCCCUAUGGCCUAUCUGGAUACUACCGAAUCCUCGAAGAUUUAUCUUUUUGGCCGGCUCUGAUCAUUGCUGGAAUCUUUGCCGCUACACUUUCCUCGGCACUUGCAAGUUUGGUUAGCGCUCCGAAGGUUUUCCAAGCAGUGUGCAAAGAUAGACUUUUCCCAAAGAUAGGAUACUUUGCCAAGACGUACGGAAAGAACGAAGAGCCGAAGCGGGCUUACAUUCUAGGCUUUUUCCUUGCCAUGGGCAUUAUCGCAAUCGGUGAUCUAAACAGUAUCGCUCCAAUCAUCUCAAAUUUUUUUCUGUGCUCAUAUGCUCUCAUAAACUACGCAUGUUUUGAUCAAUCAUUUGCAGAUUCUCCAGGUGAUUACACAAAAACCACAGUCCUUUAUCACUAAUAUUUCAGGUUUUCGUCCUGGGUUCAAAUAUUACAAUAUGUGGAUUUCACUGAUUGGAUCGAUGCUGUGCAUUUUUGUCAUGUUCAUUAUUGACUGGUUCUCAGCUCUUAUAACCUUCUUCUGUUUCGCAGCCAUUUUCAUGUACCUUCUUCACAGAAAACCAGGUGAGCGUCGUUUUUGAUAUCUUAAAAAUGUCUAAUUUUUCCAGAUGUAAAUUGGGGAUCUUCUACACAAGCACACAGCUACAAGAACGCGCUAUCGUCCAUGAUAAAGCUGUCGACGACGGAAGAACACGUGAAGAACUAUCGACCCCAAUUCCUGGUUUUGACUGGAAACCCUGCCGCUCGACCCUCACUCGUUGACUUUGCCAACAACAUUACGAAAGGAAGCAGCUUGAUGAUAUGUGGUUAUGUUGUUCCGGUAAGUGACUCAUAAAUUACUGAAAAAUUGUAUUUCAUGUUCAGUAUGAUCCUUCGGAUCGAGUGUUCUCGGUCAUUAGAAAGUUGGAUCGACAGCUCAACGACUGGCUUCGAAAACGUCAUGUGAAGGCGUUCUAUCAGUCAGUGGCAAAUUCAAGUCUCCGAAUUGGUGCCCAGUCUCUUUUACAACUCACUGGAAUUUCGAAACUGAAGCCAAAUAUCGUACUGGUGGGAUUCAAGUCCAACUGGUACAAGGCAGGUCCGACCGAAGCGAACUUAAACGAAAUGAAUGAAUACUUUGGGACUAUCCAGUUGAGAAUUCGAGUAGUUUCUUGAAAAUAUGGAGUUAUCUUUCUCAGAGACGUCUUCGAUUGUAAUAUGGGAAUGUGUGUGCUUCGCAAUGGUCAGGUCGGUCUUGAUUUUUCGGACGCUAUGCGAAAUUUAAACAUUGGGGAAACAAAUCGUCUGAAAUUGCCUACUGUGGAAAAAAAAGAGGCCCAGCAGAACUCGCCCGAGUAAGCUAAACUAAAUUUGGUCUACAAAUCCUUUUACUUCAGAACUGAUCGUAUGAUUGAGAAAGACGAGACAACUCGAACUGAAGAAAGCCAGAAGUCCGCGGAUGAUGCAUCUGGUAAGUUUUUUGUGCGUUUCUCACUUUCUCACGCGUUUCUCACUCACAUUUCAAUUCAUGAAUACCAUUCAGCUCGACUUUCUUUUCGUGGUAGCUCACGAAGUGUUGAAAUGUUCCAGAGGAUCAAUACUUUUUACAUAAAUGGUUCGCAAAACGUUGUUUUUGUAAUUGUUUUUGUUUGAUAGAGCUGGAGAGUAAAAACAAAAACUCGAUUUCAAUGUUUUCCAGCGUCGAUUUCAAUCAACGAGACGUAUGUAUCAGAUGAGAAUCAGGAGGAACAUAAUGUGAGCUUUCCUCUAUUUACUUUCUUGCAUUUGACGCUUUCUUUCUCAGAGAGACAACGAGAACGAUGACGAAGAAGUUGAGUCAGUAUGUGAUGAUGAAAACAAGGAUGACGAUGUGGAACAAGGCACCAACGAGGAUACUGAGAAGAAACAUCACUUCUCGCUGAGAAGACGAGGGUUUGUUUAGUUUUGAGCUUGGUGGGAACAUAACUCGAAUGUACAGAUCAAGGAGACACACAAUGGAGCAGAAAGCUUUACUUGCGUCUAUUGCUCGUUUCCAGAGAAAAGUGAAAAAAGUAGGAACAUCCCUCUUAAUUUGAUUUGGCAAUCGUAUUUCUCUAGGGUGUCAUUGAUGUCUGGUGGCUUUACGACGACGGAGGACUGACUCUUCUCAUUCCUCAUCUUCUGACGAUUCCCAAAAGUUAUCUGGAAGGUGCUCGGCUCAGAAUCUUCACCAUUUCGACAAGUUCUCGGACUAUGGAGCAAGAGCAACGUGGAAUGGCUGCAUUGUUGUCAAAGUUUAGAAUCGACUUUUCGGACGUUUCUGUGGUUUCUGAUAUUGGGAGAAGGCCAACACAAGAAACUAUGUCCGCAUGGCAGUCGGUGAUCGAUCCAUUCAUUGCUCCGGACGGGAAUACUCCUGCCGGCAUGACAACCAGCUCGGAGCUCAGUGCUCAGAGGGACAAGACUUAUCGACAGUUGAGAGCAGGAGAGCUUCUUCAAGAACAUUCUAUUAAAUCCGACCUUAUUGUGAUGUGAGUCUCUAAUUCCCGAAGUAUAAAGCCAUAACUAUUCAGGACCUUACCCGUUCCACGGAAAGGAAUGGUCAGCUCUUCGUUGUACCUUUCAUGGCUUGAAGUUAUGACACGUGGACUUCCCCCAAUUCUGCUUGUUCGCGGAAAUCAGCAAUCAGUACUGACAUUCUACUCAUAA